CAAUGCUUCUGGAGCACACUAUUUAGAUAUACUUUCAGAGUUUUCAGAAGAGGAAAAAACUACACUUUUAAAAGUUUUUGCCGAAUUUUCUUCUGGUAAUUCUUACAUACAAACGGCUAAAACAGAAGUGAUGGCAACAAGUAUUAAAAAUUGUUUUCCAACAACGAUUGGUGAAUCACUCAAAAAUGGAUUUGUUACAUAUCUUCAAUCAAUGUCAUCAUUUCAUUCAUCGACAUCUAUUGUGAUAACUGAACCUGGUUUUAUAUCAUCAAUUCAUAAAUUGGUGAAAACUAUGCCAAUUGAUAGAUCCCAGGCAAUACAUCUUAUAGGACAGUUAUCACAAGGUACACUUAAAGAUUUUGUAAGAGAGGUCGUUCGAGCAGCACUACCAUAUUGGUUCGAAGGAUGUUAUCCACCCAAGCAGAAACAAUCAACAAAAGAAAGCAAUAAAUUAUUUAAAGAAGAUAUGUAUCUGAUUGAUUUAAUAAUAUUGAGACCAAAAAUUAAAUCUAAAGAAAAAGAAGAUGACGAACUUUUAACCAAAAUUAUUAAAGAAGCUGAGAUAGAAGGGUAUUUUGAUCAGGAUGGAUAUAUAUUCGGUGGAUUUGCUUAUGAAGAUUGGAAGCAAAACUCCAAGUUUAGCGGUGAUAAGAAAAACUUUUUAUUUUCUAUUAGACCUAAAUUAAGAUGUUACCCUACUACAGGUUAUAAUAAUAAUUUUCAAUAUUUGAAUUUUGGAGCAAAAACUUUACCAAAUGGUGGUUUAUGGAUUGAUUCUGAUUUUAUUCACGGACAUUCAAAAGCUGCACCACUUUCAUCAACAUAUGGGAACCCACGAUUAUCUAAACAGGAAUAUUUUUUGAUAGAUGAAGUUGAAGUAAGACCAACAAAAAUUGAUUUGGAUGAAAUUCCAAAAGGUUUAAAACGUUCAGUGCUCGAUAAUCAUCCUGAAGAGUUAGACCUUUUAGAAAUGGCUACAGGUCGUAAAAUGUACUCAAAAGAUGUUAGGGAACCGGAUGAAUUCCCUGAAGAAGAAUAA